CUGUGGGCACUGUGGGUGUGUGUGGUGCGCGCGCUGAAGGCUCGAAUUACUGAAACCGAUACGCAAGCGCGCUCGUGGACGAUAGGCGCUACAAUUUGAAAGGCUGCUGCUUUAGGGCGUUGUCACUUAUCAUUCAGCUGAAGGUCCACAAAACGUAUGAAAUAAAAAAAAAGCUUGCAAUGUCAUCAAAUUGUGAAAGGAAGACUGGCAGGGGCAGAGGCAGGACUCCUCAGAGAGCCACAAGUGAUGGAUUUCGUAACGCAGAUGUGCCUUAUGGGAAGGCAUCUCAAGUUACUUGGAAUAAUGUUGAACAGAAAACAGGAACUUGGAACGGGGACGUAUUGCUUGCAAACAGUCCUGUGCCUCACACCUCUUGCACCAAGGAAGAAGAGCUGAGGAUGCCUCGAAAAACUAAGAGUGAUGGAUGGAAAAGAGAAAUGCCAAGUAAGAGGGCAGUUCUUGAAGGCAGCAGUCCUCUGUCACAUACUUGUCUCGUGGAGAAUGAGCUGAUAAAGCCUAGAAAAGCUGGGAGUGAUGGAUGGAGAGGGAAAAUGCCACAUAAUAAAGCUGUGCUUGAAGACAACCGACGUCCUUUUCCUAUAUGCAUCAAUGAUCUCUUGAACGUAUCUGUUGGGCUGAAAGCAAAGUACCAAGGUUGCAUGGUAGGGGCCCUGAUUGGGGAUUGUCUUGGCUCACCAUUUGAACACCUUCCCAAUCGCCAUGUGUUGUCGACAUCACAGCUUCGGUACUUUCUCUGGCGUAUCCGGAGAAGGUCAGUCAAGGCAGAUGACAAUGCAGGUCGGAGGUUUACGGCAGACCCAGGUCAUGAAUUUGGUGGCUACUACAAAUACACAGACGACACUGCAAUGACUCAUGCUCUUGCAGCAUCACUAUUAGACUGUGGUGGUUUUGAUCCUACUGUAGUCGCACAAAGGUUCACUGAAGAGUUCUAUGGUAACAAAGAUGUGAAAGGUGAAUACGGUCCUAAAGUCAGGAAUGUGUUUGCUGCACUUGCCAAAACAAGGUAUGAAGAUGUUUGGACACCUGCUAAAGAGCAGUUUGAUGGUACUGGCUCCUUUGGAAAUGGGGCUGCCAUGCGGGUUGCACCUGUAUCAUUGUACUAUUAUGAGGAUGAGGACAAGGCAAUUCAGGUAGCACAGAAGCAAAGCAAGCUGACACAUGCUCAUCCUCUGGGAUACAAUGGAGCAGCACUAAUAUGCUUGGCCGUUCAGCUAGCACUUUCAUUAGACCCAUCACAGCAGCUGGAUGUUGAAGGAUUUCUUGACACCUUGAAGUUAAAGAUGGAGAAAAUCGAACAUAAAGGAGACUGUUUCUACAGUAAACAGCUUGAAACCAUGAAAAAAAUGCUGCUGAACACCUACGAGGAUGCUCGACCAGAGAGCGUUGCCGCCGUAUUAGGCAACGAGAUCACCGCGGAUCGUUCUGUGCCAGCAGCCCUGUAUGCAUUCCUUCGUAGUGCACGGCCGUUGACUGGUUACAAGACAUCCAAUGGCUUUGUUCGAGCCCUGUUCUUUGCCAUAUCAAUGGGUGGAGACACUGACACUAUCGCUACCAUGACUGGCAGUAUUGCUGGGGCAUACUAUGGCAUCUUCAGAGUUCCAACAACCAUGCAGGGCUACUGCCAGGCAGAAGAACAUGCAACGUGUUUGGGCAACAGACUACUAAUGGAGCGAUCGCGGCCAAAGUGAAGGA